UGUGCGGACAAAGGCAGCGCGCGCUGCGGGGUGUAGCGUUUGUCGGUGGUCUGGCGGAGCUGGUGGUGGGCUUGUGGGUUCUUCGCUGCCGCCCCCGGCCGCCUUCCCUUCUUCUUUCCCGUCCUCUUCUCCCGGGUCCCGGGAGCCCCCGCCCGGGGAGGCACUGUUGCUGAGUUUGGUGCCUGAGCCGACUCGAUUGGUGACAGCAUGACAAGUGAGGUGAUAGAAGACGAGAAACAGUUCUAUUCGAAGGCCAAGACGUACUGGAAGGAAGUCCCGCCCACAGUGGACGGCAUGCUCGGGGGGUAUGGCCACAUCUCCAGCAUCGACAUCAGCAGCUCCCGGAAGUUCCUGCAGAGGUUUUUGAGGGAAGGCCCAAACAAGACGGGGACCUCCUGUGCCCUGGACUGCGGGGCUGGCAUAGGCAGGAUCACCAAGCGACUGCUGCUGCCACUCUUCGCGGUGGUGGACAUGGUGGACGUGACAGAAGACUUUCUGGUCAAAGCCAGGACGUACCUGGGGGACGAGGGCAAGAGGGUGAGGAACUACUUCUGCUGCGGCCUCCAGGACUUCAGCCCUGAGCCCAGCUCCUAUGAUGUCAUCUGGAUCCAGUGGGUGAUAGGCCACCUGACUGAUCAGCACCUGGCGGAGUUCCUGCGGCGCUGCAAGCAGGGCCUGCGCCCCAAUGGCAUCAUUGUCAUCAAAGACAACAUGGCCCAGGAAGGCGUGAUCCUGGACGAUGUGGACAGCAGCGUGUGCCGGGACCUCGAGGUGGUCCACAGGAUCGUCCGCAGCGCGGGCCUCAGCCUCCUAGCCCAGGAGCGCCAGGAGAACCUCCCUGAUGAGAUCUACCACGUCUAUAGCUUAGCCCUGAGAUGAGCAGGGGAUGGCCGGAGAAAGGGACCAGUGCGGGGUGGGGGGCUGGCAGCCGGGCAACACCCAGAGGCUCCAUGAUGAUGGUUCGGGAGCGCUGAGCGAGACCGCCAAAUAUACCUGUCUGCCGUCCGUCACUAGACUCUUUUUCAAAAGGCAUAAUGGGACCCAGUGGGGAGGGGAGCCACUGAACAGAGCGUGAGGCUGGAGCCUGGCUCUGCGGCCCUCCAGUGAGGCUGGGACUGGGCAGUGCAGACCACGGGACUCCAGGGCCCCUGGGGCUCCCCAC